AUGCCUCCACGACUGCCGCUGCGGCUUCUGUCGCAAUCUGUCUCGUCGAUUUCAUCCUCCAUUCAGUCACAUGUCUCACCAUCGUUUCUUUUCCUAUUACCAUCCAUCCAUACCCAGACCCGAGCGGCUUCAAUUCUAGCCUCGCUCUCCGACAACCCAGGAGCAUACAGCAAGAAGAUCCGACGCGGCCUUGGUCCUGCCUCAGGCAAGGGAAAGACCGCCGGUCGUGGUCACAAGGGUCAGGGGCAGAGAGGAAGCAAGAAGGCAUUCUUCAAUGGAGGACAGACGCCGGACGAAGUUGUGCACGGAGAGAGGGGCUUCGACAACAUAUUCGCGUUGAAAAUAUCUCCCGUCAACCUUGAUCGCAUCCAAGACUGGAUUGACCAAGGCCGCCUCGAUCCUUCACAGCCCAUAACACUCCGAGAACUGGUGAAGUCUAGAUGUAUACACGGCAUAAAGGAUGGAGUUAAACUGCUCUCACGCGGCGGAGAAGGCGCCCUCAAACAACCUAUCACGAUCAUUGUCUCGCGCGCCUCUGCCAGUGCAAUCCAGGCCGUCGAGGCAGCUGGUGGCUCCAUCACGACUCGAUACUACACCAGACACGCCAUAAAGAGGAUUUUAAGCGGCAAGACUGAUCCUUAUGUCUCUCUUGCAUGGAAGGAUACCUCGGAGAAGCUUGCUGAGGCAGCCGCCAAGGGCGAGGACGUUUCUCACAUCGACACCGAGCUGAUGCAGAAAAUUGGCAUGGGCAUCGAUAAACCGUUGACAAAGGGCAAUGGGUUCCAGUACCGUUUACCUGACCCGACCAGCCGAAGGGAUAUUGAAUAUUACCGAGACCCAGCCCAUCGAGGGUACCUGAGCUACUUGGUCAAGGAGGGAGACAGCCCCAGCUUGUUCUUCACGCCGCCAUCCGCAGAGCAGAAGGCGAAGAAGGCCGUCAAGAAGUCGGCAGAGAACAGAGUCUGGUAG